AUGGCAAAGUCAUGGCAAUGUGUGGCAUGGGCCUCUGCUGCGUUUGCUACCUGUGUUCUGAUCGUUGGUGCCUGUUUUCUGCUCCUUCGUUUAGCGCCUGGAGCGCCAGAGGACCAGCCUGCGCCAAAUUGUUUGCGGGAUCCGGGGUCCUUUUCUCGCCGCGACAUCGAUGCGAGCGAGUUCGCGGAUGACCUUGUCAAGUCUUUCCGCAUCAAGUGCCGCGUCAAGUUCUUCGACAUGUGUGCGAAGUAUCCGAAUAUCAUCACGGGCAGGGUGUCCGUAGACUACGCCUCUGCAACUAACAUAGUGUUCACGUCCCAUGGUCUUGGACCGGCCUAUCCAGCCGACCAUCAGGGCAAAAUGACCUUUUACUGCCAGACGGCAGCGGAAGUCGGCCCACGUGGGCGCGGCCUUCCAGGCCAGCGGCUUGAUGAUGGCGGCUGGCACGAGGGCAUGUUGAUUCCCGGCAAGCGGCUUGAUGAUGGCGAGUGGCACGAGAUUGAGCUGGUCAAAGGCAGUACGAGUGCCUCUGUCUUCCUUGAUGUAGAGACGGUGUACACAGCUAACAUACUUGCGGGCCUUUCAGCCGCCGACUUCGUCCUAAGGCCCAUCGACAUGAUUUUCAUUGGCGGCCAAGGAUUCAACGGAGACAUCCGGAAUGUCGAGAUCUACGUUGGGGAUCCGGAGAGGCUGGUCUUCUCGAGCGCCUGCAAUGGCACGGCGCUGCCAGAGAAUGUCACAUGUUCUGACCAGCCCCUGGAUGCUUGCGAGGGCAUGUACAGCAUCACUGGCGGGGCAGGAUCGCAAUGCAGAGCAUCUGAGUCCUGCCGAGCCAUGGAGCAUGCUUGCGACGUUGAGUAG